UACAGCCUGAGCAACAGCUUCUGUCCAGCAGCAAUCAGACUGGUGAAUUGUUCCAAUGCCCACUGGCCCGAUUCCACACUGGAGAGCCUCAACACAGAUCCUUCAAUAAAUGCUUUGAACUUUGAUACACACACAAACACACAGUUAACGUUUUGAACACAAUGAUUGGCUUGUUCAUUUCCUUUAGAUACAACAACACACACCCUUCCCUUUCAGUCAGCAGGUUUCAGUGUGUUCACUGGUGCAGCUUCCUCCAUUAUCAUAUUCUUCACCUGAACGAGGGACAGCAGCCACCUCCAGACUCAAACUACAAACUUCAAAGCCCCGGAGAACAACAACAUGAAUAACUCUUCGUUCAACCAAUCAGAUUACGACUACAAUUACACCGAUUACGAUUACGAGGUGGUAGCACCUUGUACUUUCCAGAACAACCACAAUGUGCAGAUGUUCGUGGGUCGGUACGUUCACUCCAUCAUCUUCAUCCUGGGCUUCGUGGGGAACAGUCUGGUGAUCGUUACCUACGCCUUCUACAAGAGGACGAAGUCCAUGACGGACGUCUAUCUGCUCAACGUCGCCAUCGCUGACCUGCUGUUUGUGGUGUCGCUGCCUCUCAUCGUCUACAACGAGAUGUGGUCGUGGUCCAUGGGGCCGGUGGCCUGCAAGCUGCUGCGCGGCUCCUACAGUGUGAACCUUUACAGCGGCAUGUUGCUGCUCGCCUGCAUCAGCACCGACCGCUACAUCGCCAUCGUCCAGGCCCGCCGCAGCUUCCGGCUGCGCACGCUGCCCCACAGCCGCCUCAUCUGCACCGUCAUCUGGACCUUUGCUUUUCUUCUGUCCUUCCCAACAUUCUACUUUUACCACCGGUAUGACCCGAUGCAAUCCACGGAGUCCUUCAUGUUGGAGGGACACGAGAGGAAUAAGACCGCCGGAUCUGUUGUCUGUGAGUUCAGGUUCGAGAAUGACAACACGGCCCUGACGACCAAGGUAGCCGUCCCCAGCACCCAGCUAGCCGUGGGCUUCUUCCUGCCACUGCUCAUCAUGACCGUCUGCUACACCGCCAUCAUCGUCAAGCUGCUGAGUGUCAGGAACUUCCAGCGGCACAAGGCGGUCCGGGUGGUGCUGGCCGUGGUGUGGGUGUUCGUGGCCUGUCACCUACCCUACAACAUCGUGUUGCUUUACAACACCGCCAUCAUGUUCCAGCAGCAGAAGUGUGAAGAGUCCGAUUCCCUGAAGGUUGCCGAGACAUUAACGCAGACCAUCGCCUACCUGCACUGCUGCUUGAACCCGGUGCUGUACGCCUUCGUGGGCGUGAAGUUCAGGAACCACUUCAGAAGGAUCUUCCAGGACCUGUGGUGUCUGGGGAAGAGGUACAUCGCCCCACGCCGCUUCUCCAGGGUCACGUCUGAGGUCUACGUGUCCACUCGCCGCUCGGUGGACGGAUCCAGCGACAACGGCUCGUCUCUCACCAUGUGACCAGCAUGUGACCAGCAUGUGACCAGCAUGUGACCAGCAUGUGACCAGCAUGUGACCACCAUGUGACCAGCAUGUGACCAGCAUGUGACCACCAUGUGACCAGCAUGUGACCAGCAUGUGACCAGCAUGCACCUGACGUGAGCGCUGGCUUCAGUCCAAGGCAGCAGGUCCAAAUUCAUGUUAAUGAACAAAACAAUGUUUUACUUUAAAUUUUUGUCUUUUAAUUUGGAUGUUUUAACUAAUAAAAAUAAGAAUAAAA